AUGCCGUAUACAACCUCUGAACCACAAAGCAAUCAUCUGCAAACCCUGUUGGAAUCGGCGCGGCCGUUUCUCCGGGGACAAUUGGAGAACGUUGACGUCAAACUUCCAUCCCUAAUCUCGGUCUUGAAAUCCGUCGGAGCUGGCGAGUGCUGGCACAAGCACGGCAGCUUCCUCGACCACCUCGUCGACAUCUACAGGAUCCUUAAACUAUGGGGUGCUCCUGAUGCAGUAUGUCUCUGCGGCCUCUUCCAUUCUGCUUACUCUAAUUCUUACGUCAACCUCGCCAUCUUCGAUCCUUCGACUGGCCGCGACAUCGUUCGUGGACACGUCGGCGAGGCGGCGGAGCGGUUGAUCCACUUGUUCUGUGUCGUGCCUCGCCAACAGCUUAUCCAUGAUGACCUGUUGUUCCAGUACUCCAACGAAUCGGAGCUUGUGCAACACCUAAAGGACUCCGAGAGAUCGUUGACUAAUGCACGGAAAGGUGCUUUGGAGAUCGGAGAUGAAGAGUGGAGGAAGAAACUUCAAUCAAUUUUGCCUGCCGAUGGAAUCGUGUUGAAGCAUAUAAAAACAGGCGAAGAUGUGCAUCUAUCGAGGAGAGUAGUAGCGACCUUCCUGCUAAUGACAAUUGCCGAUUUCAGCGAUCAACUGUUCAGUUUUCAGGAUGUAUUGUUCGAUAAUUCAGAUGGAAUGCUCAAAUUUUCCGGUAAUGAUUGGGCCAGCGCGUUGUGGCCGGGGGAUGGAAAACCAGGACUAUGGAUGAACUCCAUAUCAAGGAUGGGAGCAAUUUACACACUGAUCGUUAGAGAAGAAGAAUUGUACUCAAUUGAACAGCCUCAAUCAUCCAACAAAAACCGAGAUGAAGAAAUCGAGCUUGUGACGCCAUCAAUUCUUGAAAAUUGCACCAGAGUAUUGAGCGCCAAGGAUCAGAUAGAAGCAAGAGAUCGGUACUGGGAAGGUGUUUGUAACGUGUCAAAGAGAGGAUUGGAUGGGUGUGAAGAUGUGUUGAAAAGGAGUCUGGAGAAGAACCCAUUUGUUGGGGAACCACAUGUGGUUUUGGCGCAGAUUUAUUUGAGCCAAGGGAGGUUCGAAGAGGCAGAGAAAGAGAGUGAAGAAGGGUUGAAGCUUCUUCUGCAAUGGGGAAGUCCAUGGGAUAAGAGAAUGUCAUGGGAAGGUUGGAUCUCAUGGUGUAGAGUUUUGGUGAUGAAAUCCAAGGAGAAAUCAUGGCCACAGACUUCUUGGGGGAUCCUCAAUUUGGGACUUGUUCGAUAG